CUUUCUGUUAUUGAAAUUGCCACACAACAUGGAGAGCUUGGUGCAGAAAGAUGAGAUCUUUGGUGAAGAAGAAGAAGAAGAAGAAGAAGAAGGCCGGGUAAGUAGUUGCGGCUGUGAAGUUUCCUCACCCGAAGAUGCUGGAAGUUGCAGUAAUGGUGGCUGUGAGGGAUCCUUGAAGCAGGAAAAAUCACUGGGAUGGCCAUUGCAGAAUACCUCUCUGUCAGAUCCAGUGAAUGAAUGCGUUCAAAUUGAAAAGAUGAAGCCAAAGGUUUCAGAAAUUGAGAUGAUGAAAGAGAGGUUUGCAAAAUUGUUGCUUGGAGAAGACAUGUCAGGGUGCGGAAAGGGUGUAUGCACUGCAUUGGCGAUUUCAAAUGCCAUUACAAAUCUCAGUGGUAACUUGAAGGUUCACACACUAUUUGAUAUUUCAGAUUAUUGA